CCCUUUAUCUCUUAGAGCCAAACAAACACAAAAAUUAGGAUUGGGCGGAGAAAUGAGAACCAGAAGAGGUAGUUGUUAUCCGAUAGAGGACGAUGUAUGGAUGGAGAACAGAGUAAUGAAGCGGCGGGAUAUCUCCGGCAAACACCUGCUGCCGUACAGGAAACGGCAGAGAUUCUCGCCGGAGGCGGCGGUUGAGAAGUUCGAUUUGUUCGAUUCCUUGCCGGAUGAUCUCGUCAUUUCUAUUCUCUCCAAACUCAGCUCCUCCGCCGGUUGUCCUUCCGAUUUCAUGAACGUUUUGAUGACAUGCAAAAGAUUGAACAGUUUGGCUCUUCAUUCUCUUGUUUUAUCCAAAGGCUCCUCGAAAAUGUUUGCAAUUAAAGCGAAAAACUGGUCGGAGUCGGCUCACCGGUUUCUGAAACACUGCGCAGACGCCGGAAAUGCUGAAGCAUGUUACACUCUUGGCAUGAUUCGAUUUUACUGUUUGCAAAACCGAGGGAGCGGUGCAUCCUUGAUGGCCAAGGCGGCGAUUAACUCCCACGCGCCGGCGUUGUACUCGCUGGCAGUGAUUCAGUUCAAUGGAAGCGGUGGCUCCAAGAACGAUAAGGACUUGCGGGCGGGCGUGGCUCUUUGUGCACGAGCCGCCUUCCUUGGUCACAUCGAUGCGUUACGCGAGCUUGGACACUGUCUUCAGGACGGCUAUGGCGUCCGUCAAAAUAUAGCCGAAGGCCGUCGGUUCCUUGUGCAGGCCAACGCCCGAGAGUUAGCCGCCGUACUUGCCUCCACAGGCGCAUCAAACAUCUCUAAAGGCUCUUGGCUCACUUGGAGUCCUCAUCUGAUCCCGCACGCCAACUACCGUGACUUGAGCGGGCCCAGUUGCCCGUUGCUGAGCGAUUUUGGCUGCAAUGUACCGGCGCCGGAGGCGUACCCAGCGAGCAGGUUCUUGGCGGAGUGGUUCGCUGCUCUAGAAGGAGUGCCCGGUCCAGGGCUGAGGCUCUGCUCACAUUUGGGAUGUGGAAGGCCGGAAACUAGGAAACACGAAUUCCGCAGGUGUUCCGUUUGCGGAGCUGUAAAUUACUGCUCACGCGCGUGCCAGGCGCUUGAUUGGAAGCUCCGCCAUAAGGCCGAGUGCGUACCAGUGGAGAGGUGGCACGAUGAAGAAGCGCAAGGUAAUGAUGGCGACGGAGGGGUUGAGGGCGGCGACGCCAUCAUGGGAGAGAGUUAGUUGUUCUAGCCGGUAUUGUACUUACGGUAACGUAGGCUUCUGAUGGCAUAGACGUGUUAAAGCAGAGGCGUUAAAUUGCCCUGAAAAAAAGAAAAAAACAAAUGGGCCAAUUUUGAUUGUAAUUUUUAGGGUUAAAACUUUAUGAAAAUAGUAUAAUUAUAAUUUUAAUAAAAAUUAAGAUCUUAU